AGACUAUAUCGAGAAGAAGCACCAGAUUUUCAUGCGGGUACCCUAUAUGCUUCAGUUUUAGAUGAAAGCAAACUGUUGAUGUUACAAGUUUUUAUAGUUUACUUAAAAUGAGACCUCUCACUGGGUCUUGAUGUAGGAUUACUGCCAUAGGGGUGACUAGGUAUAAGCUAGCAGGUUGUGCGUCCAAGUUUUGUAUUUGAUGCUUCUGAGUCUUUGGGUUUUCAGUAGAAUACAAGCAUCAAACAUGGAAGUAAGUACUACCACCAGGAUAACGUGAAAACGUGACGUCAACCAGGGCCCGGGAAUGAGAAGGAAAAGGCCGUUCAACGAUAUCAAGGAAGUUCAAGGGUAUCUUGGAGAAAACCUGCAGUGAGGCUCCGAAGUCAAUUGAGGUAUCUUGAGAGAGCCACGUUCCAAAGUUCAGGCUUGCAACACGGAUGUACGAGCCGAGAUUCUCUUCUGCUCAAGGAGUAAUAACCAGCUGCUGUAAUUUGUACGAAAAGAACACAUAACGUAAUUGGCAUGGCUGGAGAAUGCGAUUCCGAGUAUCGAUUAGAUAUUGUACAAAAGGCGGCUGACAAGCUGACAGCCUUACAGAAUGUGGAGAACUGGGCCUACGAGAGCUAGCUGAACGGAUGACAUCGAUGUGGGAGUCUCGUGAAAAGCCAAAGAUUUCUACCUCAAAAGACCAAACUCUGACCAAAAGAAGACGACACUUGAUUCAAAUCCUCGUCAGGCGCUUUUUGAAGGGUAAAGCUCGCGGGAGGGCUGGCCCAGGUAGACAAAAUUAUUUACUGGCCUUCUAAUGAGGUGAUAGAGCACAAAACUUCCAAAGAAAGCUUCAAACAUGAAUGAGAGAGAGAGAGAGAGAGAGAACUGGAAGCCGUGCUUUAUGUAUGCAAAUCUACGUGACUUGAGAGAUCUGGGCCUGAUGUGCCGCUUCAGAUGUACUCUGAUGCAUCGAAAACAAGGAAGAACAGAUAUCAGACAAAUUCACAGAAGCAGCCCUGAGCCUGAGCCUGAGCCUGAUUGCGCGCAGCAAAUGGAUCCAAGCGUUUCGCUGCUGGGAAUCGGGCUUGAAUCCCUGAUCAGCAACAGCGGCAUCAAAUCUAGUGAAGGAGCAUCUGCCUGUCUUUGCGUACCGAGACACAGAAGCCUAACUGGUAUCCAGUCUCGAGCUCGAGAGCAGCAUCCAUCUGGGAUCAAGUUGCAUAUGUGACAGCUCGAGAGCAACAGUGAGCCGAUCGACAGCCGGCAUGAGCAGGUCCAGAUUUAGUGAGUGCCUGCGUGGACCGAUGAUGUAUGUUGCUGCGUUGCCCUGGCAAAACUCCACUGUUCUCGCUUUGUCGACUCCUCGAAAGCGCUCAAUCAGGCAAGAACGGAGCUCGGCCAAGCCGAGCUCCCCCUGAGCAUACGGAAAGUACGGUGGCUGUUUCUAUUCCUGUAGUCCGGACUCUGGACUCUGAAGUCAUCGCAAGUAAUCAAAGCGGAUCCUGUAACUCCUGUUCGCAGUCAAAACUCCUCAAAGCUCUCCUCCUCCUGUUCACUCCCCUCCGUCGCCACAGAAUCAAAUAUUCUGAGCCUUUCCGCAGGCUGUGGAGCGAGCGAGCGCGACCAAAUCUCAACCUUGAGCUCUCUCUCUUUCUCUCUCUCUGUGUCUUCCCCCCACCUCCCUUACAGACAAGGAGCGUUAUUUUGGCUGACCGAGAAGCGAACAGAUUCCUUGUCUUUGGGUGAGGCUGGAGCUACAGGUUGACCAGGUGUGGCAUACGGACUCGAUCCUCGGGGAGCAGGGAAAAGGGCAGAAAGGGAACGUAGGGGAAGGUCGUCCCGUGAGCUGGCUGGCUGGAGACGGUGCACAGAGAGAGAGAGAGAGAGUUGGCAGGGCUCUUGAAUGACAGGGAUUGUCAAUAAGUACGUGCUCUGAGGCUCUGAGGCCCUGACGUCCUCGCACUUCCUGCCGCAAGUCACGGCGCCGGUAGAAAAGAGGAAGGGCCUGCGAGGGAGAGGCUCGCCUCCACCGUAUGUACGAGUGUAGAUGUGCGUGCCCCCCUUUACGAGCACCGUAUGAGCUGUGACGGUGGUGGUGGUGGUGGUGAUGAUGGUGGCGUUGGCGUUGCGGGCUCGGAAGGUGUGCGUGCGCUCGUGACCGGGAGAUGCACAUGGCCGUGAUGACCGAUGGUGCUAUGCGCUGUUCUGUGCACGAUGUGCACAUGACGGUGUCGGGAAGUUUUACCGAGGGAGGGAGCAGAGCAGCAGCAGCAGCAGGAACAUGGUCGCUGCGUCUGGGGCACCUACAGCGAAGGAGUCCUUCUUCCAUGACCAUACCAUACCCCCUUCGCUGUCGCGGUCAAACCUCCCCACCGAGCUGCCCUGCUCUGCUCUGCCACUGGUUUAGGCUUC